AUGAAUAGAAUGAACAAGAUAUUUGCUAAUUUGCUUAUUAUUACUCUUGCUACCAUGACAUAUUCACAGUUACUAAGAAAUAUCAAUCUAAAUGAUAAAUUUGAUGAAAAUUACAAUAAACCAAUGAAUCCAUUAUUGAAAACAAUGAAUAAAACUUCUUAUAUGAAUUUAUUACCAAAUUCAUUCUUUUUAAAUCAUUUAAACAAUGAUUAUUAUUUAAAUACUAAAGAGAAAUUUAUUGAAGAUCUUUAUCCUUUGAAGAGUCUAUUGAAACAACGAAAACAACAUUUAAAAGAUCUUCUUCCAAUUAAUUCAUAUAUUGAUCAAUCAUAUUUAGUAAAACGUGUUUUAGCUGAUUAUAAAAAACGUCAAGCUAUAUUAGCUGAUUACAAAAAACGCUCUACUUAUUAUGAUAAUGAUGA